AGAGAAGGAAGUAACAGCAGCAGGGGAGCCGAUCCGCCUCGAGCGAAUCCGAUCUUUUAGUCUUCCUCUUGGUGGUGGAUUCGAUUACUCUCCUCGGUGGCCAUCUCUUCUCUCGGUGGUGUUGGCUCGAGAGACCGUACGCCGUGCUGCCGGGGCAUCGAUUUGGAUGAACUGAAUCUCCGGGAUCGUGGAGCGCAUUGAUGGGCUUUGAGGCGGAAACCUUCCAAGUUUGCCCUCUUGAUCAGCUACCGGAUAAAGAACACAAUAGAGGCAAGAAGUAGAGAGGCGAGUGAGAAGGAGGCUUGAUAGAUUCGUGGAGUAUAUAAAAAGGGAAAAGAAUGUGCACUAGUGGGCGAAAGCACUCGAAUCUGCAGUCUUUCCUCGCUCACAUAACGCCUUCGGUGCCUGCUUAUCCUCUUCCAAAGACAUGCAUACGUGAUCUGAAUAACCUCUGGCAACCUGUGGGCAAGGAGAAGGCUGAGUAUUUCACUCUAGGAGACCUCUGGGAACAGUAUAGUGAGUGGAGUGCUUAUGGAGCUGCGGUUCCAAUCAUCCUCGACAACCAUGAAACUGUACUCCAGUACUAUGUUCCAUACCUAUCUGCUAUCCAAAUAUACACCAAUAAGUCUCUUCCUUGUUUGAGGAUGUUGCUGGAAGAGAGCGAGAGUGAAUCUUUUAGUGAUGACAGUGAGAGUGAUAAGAUGUCGAAGUCGUGGGAUGCAUUGUCAGAAGAUUCCAUGAUUAGCCAGGACAGUUCAUUGCCAGGAAAGGAAAUCCUGGGUCAAAUUUACCUUCAAUAUGUAGAGUAUGGUUCCCCUUAUAAAAGGAUGCCCCUCGUGGACAAGGUAAAUGAACUGGCGCAACACUUUCCCGGUUUGAUGUCAUUCAAAAGUGUGGAAAUGUCACCUGCUAGCUGGAUGUCUGUUGCCUGGUACCCUAUUUAUCCCAUUCCAAUGCGAAAUGUUCAGGAUUUGUCGGCAUGCUUUCUGACUUAUCAUACUAUCUCUGCAUCUUUCCAAGAUAAUGUUGUACCUGGGGACAGUGCAAAAGACUACUGUCCCAUGGUAGCUAAAACAAAUAAAUGGGAGCAAAAGAAAGGGAGCAACUCUGUUACUCUUUCACCAUUUGGUCUAUCCACCUACAAAAUGCAGGGGCGCAUAUGGAGAAACCCGGACACUUCAGAUACCGAGAUGAUGGACAACCUUUACAAUGCUGCACAAUCCUGGUUGAUGCAGCUUAGAGUUGAACACCAUGACUUUGAGUUCUUUGCCACUCACUGAUUGUAAAUAUUCCUCCUCAAAGUAAGUUUCUGCAUACCACAACAGCAUCGCCCUGCUGGAUAACUCUAAGCUUCAGAGUAGGUUGAAGGGUUGUGGUGAAUCCAACCUUUGCUUCUUGACCAAAAAGAGCUGAUGCCAUACUGAGCCUGAGUGUAGGUUUUAGUCAUAAACCUUUAGUUCACCUUUAUGCUAAGGAGUUGAUGUUUGUUGUUUUGACAUUUUGGUUUGCCUUUGUAUGAGGAGGUUUCCUCCUCAGCCUGGAAAUGAGAAGAAAGAAAUCUUCAGCUGUCUGGCAUCUGCUAAUUAUGUUUUUGUUCUGCAAAUGUUAUUUUGGUGGUCAUUUUUCU